AUGGCAGAAGGCGACCCGUCGAUCCUCCUUGAAGGUUUCAUACGGCAUGUUGACGUUCUUUCCCAAGAUUCAUCCUACCAGUAUCUCAAGGGCGUUCUCGAAGAGAAUUCAACGCUCAAAGAGCGCAACAACAUCCUCAAUAUCACUAAUGAUGAGAACCACCGGGCCAUCUCACGGUUACAAACGCAGCUAGACGACUCAAACCAGCGCUGGGAGGAGCAGGCCGAGGAGUUGGCUACGCUCGCUCAGGCAAAAGCUCUCAUCGAUGAGAAGGCUGCCACGCUCGAGUCAGACAUCGAGACGGCAAAGGCACAGCUCGACAAAAGCGCGGAUGAGGCCUCGAGACUACAAAAAGAGCUCAGCGAUAAGGCCACGGAGCUCGAGACCGCCAACGCAGAGCUCGGCUCGGCCAAAGCAGAAACGGAUUUGAUGAUGGCCCAACUUGACGAGGCUAGGGUUGACUGCUCGAAUCUGAAGGCCGACAUCAGCUACCGCGACUCUCAGAUCGAACGUUUGACAAUGAGCCUUGAGGAAGAGAAGGUAGCUCAUGAGGCUUCAAAGUCAAUAAAAGAAGAAGUCACCAAAGAACUGCAGUCCAUACGCGAAGACCUCGAAGCAAAGAACACGAGGCUCGGAGAGCUCAACGCUCUGUCCUACAGGAUGAAGAACCCUCCACAAGAGCAAACCCAGCAGCAACUCCAUAGCAUGUUCACCACCGCAUACAAGUGGGCUGAGAAUCUGUUCUCAGCAGACUUUGAUGAAUCCAUGUUCGCUGCACCGUCCUCAGGCACGCUCUGGGCCAAGCUACGCAACCAUGGGCGCGUCAACAGAAUCAUCCCCAUGCCGCUGUCCAACACGUUUGAAGCCAAGUGUAUGCGCAUCAGUGCGAUCCUGGCCAUAGUGGCCUGGUCCUUCUCUAUGCACAUCUUCCAGCCGACGUUCCUACUGCAGUGCAACGAGUUGUCAGACCUGCUCGCGGGGCUCGCCGACGACGACCCCGUUCGCGAGAACUACCUCCGCUCGGUGAUGCUGCCUGUGUUGCCGUCCAAGCAGAAGGCCAACGGCAAAAAGCGCAUCGAGCAGGUCGUGCUCGAUGUUUUCGCCUGCAUCGGCCCCGUGCUGCCCAAUAACAGGCGCGACGAAGUCCGCAGCUCGCUCGAGACCAUGUGCAAGCAGGUCUGUGGGCAGUGGAUGCGCUUGCAACUGCUCGACGAGAAGAUCGAGCCCAACUUCGAAGCCUAUGAUGAGGAGGACUGGAAGCUGCUCCGGCUCCCAACCCUUGAAGACUCGCAGAACAGAGACGCCGAGGCAAAGGUCGCCGCCGACGACACGGCUACCGAGUCUGCCAUUGCCGACGAGGAGGACCAUUUCCCCAGCGUGGGGGAUAUCGAGGACAUCGCCGCCGUGGUGUGGCCGAGCUUCUUGUCGUUCCGCGGCGGCGAGUCUGAGUUAUUGACUGAGGGGUUCGUGCUCACGAAGGACCAGGUCAAGCCGGCCUAUGCGGAGGAGAAGGCCGCACUGCUGCAAGGCAUCCACCGCGCCGCACGCCAAGUUACCCGGCGGGACCGCACUAAGAGCUUCGCAACCACCAACGGCGAUGACUUGUCCUCUUCUGGCGGUGCGAGGGCACUUGUUAAGGAUUUUUUACCCGCCGCCGACUCCGAAGACCCGCCGGGCCCCAACAACGAGAUCCAAGGCGAAAGCGGUGGGGCGCCGACCAUGAUGGAGCCGGAGCCGGAGCCAUUAGAAUGA